CCGCUCAGUCUACUCUGGGAAGUCGGGGAUUAAGCGUCGCUCGUCGUGUUCCCCGUCCAAUUAAAUUAUAACAUACUAUUUAAACGCGAGUGUGUGUGACUUCACUAACUUGAGUGUCGGUGAUACCCUCCUCGUGAACUGAUCCGUGAAGGUCAUCAUUUGGCAAUUUGACACCUGUUGUUUGUAUACAUGUACUGUUCAGUUUAAAACUGCAGUGAACCAGAAAUGUGUUUUAACAAGAAUCUCAUAAAGUUGGCGGAUUAUUUCCGGUUACAUCUCGAAGGUUCGCGUUGAAAAACUACAAUCCAUAAAAAAUGAUCUGCUACAGAAAAAUAAUGUUCACAAAACUAUUGCUGUGCUUCUUUGUGUCCAGUGCGUGGAGUAGGUCUUGGGCGAAUCAUCAUGACACGACAACGUCAACUACUCAAACUACCCCCACCACUAGUCCAGCUCCAAAGAAUUUCCACAAUGACCCCCUCAUUGUCGAAACCAAAAGUGGACUUGUCAGAGGUUAUGCCAAAACUGUGAUGGGCCGUGAAGUACAUAUAUUCACUGGCAUACCAUUCGCAAAGCCACCUCUGGGACCUCUCAGGUUUCGAAAGCCGGUACCUAUAGAACCAUGGCAUGGGGUGCUCGACGCCACGGCCAUGCCAAACAGUUGUUACCAGGAAAGGUAUGAGUACUUUCCUGGCUUUGAGGGGGAAGAAAUGUGGAAUCCUAACACUAACAUAUCUGAAGACUGUUUGUAUUUGAAUAUUUGGGUACCGCAACACUUACGAGUUCGUCAUCAUCAAGACAAACCUCUAGCUGAGAGGCCAAGAGUGCCAAUUCUUGUAUGGAUCUAUGGUGGAGGAUACAUGAGCGGCACAGCCACACUUGACUUGUACAAAGCGGACAUAAUGGCUUCUUCCAGUGAUGUUAUAGUGGCUUCCAUGCAGUAUAGAGUCGGUGCAUUUGGAUUUUUGUAUUUAAAUAAAUAUUUCUCGCCGGGAAGUGAAGAAGCUCCAGGGAAUAUGGGUUUGUGGGAUCAACAGUUAGCAAUACGUUGGAUUAAGGAUAAUGCACGAGCUUUUGGUGGAGAUCCGGAGCUGAUAACACUAUUUGGUGAAUCUGCUGGUGGCGGCAGUGUGAGUCUGCACAUGCUUUCGCCAGAAAUGAAAGGUUUAUUCAAGAGGGGUAUCUUACAAUCUGGAACGCUGAAUGCUCCAUGGAGCUGGAUGAGUGGAGAGAGAGCUCAAGAUAUUGGCAAAGUAUUAGUUGAUGAUUGUAGUUGCAACAGCAGUCUGUUACCUGUUGAUCCAAGUUUGGUAAUGGACUGUAUGCGUGGUGUUGAUGCUAAAACAAUUUCAGUGCAACAGUGGAAUUCGUAUACUGGUAUACUUGGCUUCCCAUCAGCCCCAACUGUCGACGGUGUAUUUCUGCCUAAAGAUCCAGACACUAUGAUGAAAGAAGGAAGUUUUCAUAAUACUGAAGUUCUUCUUGGGAGCAAUCAAGACGAAGGAACUUAUUUUCUCCUGUAUGACUUCCUCGACUACUUUGAGAAGGAUGGACCGAGUUUUUUACAACGUGAAAAGUUUUUGGAGAUCGUCGACACAAUUUUUAAAGAUUUCUCCCAAAUUAAGCGGGAUGCGAUUGUAUUUCAAUAUACCGACUGGGAGGAAAUCACCGACGGUUACCUGAAUCAGAAGAUGAUUGCCGAUGUCGUAGGGGACUACUUCUUUGUCUGCCCCACCAACUACUUCGCUGAAGUAUUGGCCGAAUCUGGAGUCGACGUCUAUUAUUAUUACUUCACUCAUCGAACGAGUACGAGCCUGUGGGGCGAGUGGAUGGGGGUGAUGCACGGAGAUGAAAUGGAGUACGUGUUCGGGCAUCCCCUGAACAUGUCCUUGCAGUACCAUACGAGAGAGCGUGAUCUGGCAGCCCAUAUUAUGCAGUCGUUUACCAGAUUUGCUCUUACUGGGAAACCACAUAAGCCAGACGAGAAGUGGCCUCUAUACUCCAAGGCCUCUCCCCACUACUACACGUAUACCGCCGACGGACCCAGCGGCCCCGCAGGGCCCCGAGGGCCCCGCGCUUCGGCCUGCGCGUUUUGGAACGACUUCCUCAACAAGCUCAAUGAAUUGGAGCAUGUGCCAUGUGAUGGGGCAGUCACUGGCCCGUACAGCAGUGUAGCAGGGACGAUGCUGCCAAUAGCAUUACUUACUACCCUUGCUACCACCGUCACCUUGUAAAUUCCUCUAUAGAGACUGUCAGUGUUGGUGUGUGCUUAUUUAGAUCUUCAAUGACAGGCAAACGGACGAUAGACUUUUCCCAAUUAUUUUUAUCAUUUAUUCCAAGAUGAUGAAUCACGCGUGAGAUAGAAUUUACUAGUGUAUCAAAAAUAUUGUCUUUUGGAUGUGAAAUGUAAUAGAUAUUUACGUGUGUAAUGUUUUAUUUAUUAAGAUUAAGAAGUAGAUAAAAAAUUAUUAGUCGUAUUAUAUAGGAAUAGAUUUUUUUCUGUCUUAUCGUUAUAUAUUGUAUAGGAAUGGUAAAUGUAUGUUGAUAUAUGGAAAAUAAUGAUAGACGAGCGUAAUACUUGAAAAGUACUGAGGAAAUCGAUUUAAAUAUAAUGAUGGGGUAGGAAAGCGGGUCGACUAAAUAUAAAUGGUGUAGGGACGCGAGUCAAAUAUUAAUAAUAAUUUGGCGACAUUGAUUAUGUUUAUAAUUUUCGUGUUGUAAUGUUAGAAAUAUUACAUGUUGCAUUAAGUUAUAGUUUUCACAAUGUUCCUGUAUCUUGUUAAAUGUUUGAUGUAUCAGAUUAGUCGACUUAUGUGUUUCGUGUUUAGAUAGAAAACGUAUUCCAACUACAUCCCUUAGAAUUGUGUGUGAACUAAUUAAUAAUUAGAAAUGUAUGUCAGCUUUAAUUGUUAAAGCUAUGCUUUCACACAAAAUGGAAAAUCACAUACAUAUCAACGUGUGCCUCAGCUUUAUAGCAAAUGAUACAUCUUUAUGGUAGAGAAUUUUAGAGUUUUAUAUUGAUAAAUCGUAUAUAAUGUCGAGCGUAUACUGUGAGAUGAAUUUUUAUCAAUAUAUUUAUGUAUAUUUACUACUAUUAGGAAAAUAUUAAUUCGUACCACUUGAUGAUCUUAUGAACUCCAAAUUCUUAUGACUUCGAACAGAUAAAUAGCGUAUUUUGUAAAUAGUCCUUUCUUAAGAAUAGGUCACCUAAUUUGCAUUCAUGCAUUCUAAACACUUUAUGGGCGUGUAAAACAUGAUAUGUUUUUUAAUAAAAUUAAGAAGCAAAUACUCAUACAUAAAUAUGUCAACAAUAAGUGCUAAUAUACAUGCUGUAAGAGGUAUAUUCACUACUGCAUAUUUAUACUAUCACAUACAUAAUAUACUCAACUUAUACAUCCCCAUAAAAAAAAUUAAUAAUAAAAUACCAAUUCACAGGUAAAUUUCAAGUCGUACACAAUACAGAAUGUAGCUUAAUAAUGCUUUAAGUGAAAAAGUCUUAUGAAUUUAUUAAAAUUUUAUACUUUUAACAAGUUUGUACUAACACUUAGCGUUAACCAAAUAUAUAAAUGUGAUUGUCAAUUACUAUCCUCGAGAGUUGUUGAAAAAUACGGAAACAUAUUUAAUGUGGAAAGAAUUGUGCGUUAUUUGGGACAAUGUUAAAUAUUUGCAUACAUAUAGGCUUAUCUGUAUCUGCUCGGGGUCUUCAAUUGGCUACUUUCCAACUGUCAAAAUUUGAUUCUAUUCUAAUGUCAAAAACAAAAAAGUAUAAUGGAGCUUAUUAUGACAGUGAUGCUAUGACGUCGCAAUUUUUGGAGUCAAAUGUAUUCCUAAUAAAAUAGUAAAUUACGUAAUUAAUAAUAUUGAUCAAUUAAAGUGACAUUUAAUACUAUAUAUUGUGUUCGGUUAUUUUAUGUAUUUAUUUUUUUAUCCAGUCAAGUAGCCAAUUGAUCUAUAAACGUAGGACUUCGACGUAGACAAGUGUGUAUUUUUUAAAGAUUAUGAUUAUUUUAUUUGCAGGAUCAUUUUAUUGGACGUUGUAUUUUGAAGUCGAAACAUUUAAACAGAAACAGAGACCUUCACUGGCACUGUUCGCAUUCAAAAAUAUGAUAAUUCGAAAAGCUAAAAAUUACGAGCAUACAUAAUAACGUUAUCGUGAACAUCAUAAGGUAUAGGGACAUGAUAUGAUGAUCAAGAAAUCCAUCAAGAGAUCAAGAGCGUAGGAUUUAACAACGACCAAGAAAAAUGAGUCCUUCUUACUAAUGCGAAUUAAAUAAUAUUUAGAACAUAUCUUACUUAAUUUACGGUUUGACAGAAUAUACGUCUACCUUACAAACCGGUGCAGACGCGCACGUCAAACAAUAGUUUAUCUAUAUAGUAUAUAUAGUGUCUCGAUUCUGCGCGAUAGACGGGUUAAAAAAAAUAAUACGUUCAGAAUGGAUUGAAGAAAAUUGAAUCGACCGCGCCAUCUAUAUAAAUUUAAUUUAUUUACUGUUUCUCCUUUUUUAAAUACUGUGAGGUUAAAAAAACAUUGUUGUAAUUUACGCAAGUAAGUACGCUGUGAUGUAAAGAAAAUAUGAGUAUUUAUAAUAAAAUAUACUCCAAUGUGUUAGAGCAACGUAGAUAUUAUUGUCAUGUCGAAUUCUUUUCUGUAAUCACUGCGGCAAAUUGAUUGUGUGCGAUGGUUGCUAACAUAGUUCAAAUAAUCGAGUAGAAUGCUCACAUUACUCAUUUUAAAAUUUAGCUAGUAAUUUACUUUAGAUUUUCCGCCCGAAUUUCCAAAAGGGACGAUUUUUCUGGGAUGAAAAUUUCCCUUUAUACUUUCUCCGUUCUAUCACUAAGUCAUUUCCUUCAGUUGAUUAGAGGAUUUUUGACGAAUUAUGAUUUUUUUUAAUCUACCUCGAUUGUAUGCAGUAUGUCUGUUUCUGUCGCACAAUGCACAAUGUUUCUGUCGCACAAUGCACAACACUGGCUUUUUUUUUCUUUAAAAGCACAAUGAGAAGUUGUAUGGGAUAGCUUUAAUUAGAUAAAAAUAAGAUGUAAAGUUAAUUAAGUUACAAUUAACACAGUAAUCUAAGUAGGAAAUUCAUUAGGGUUUUCAAUUAUUUGGCUCGGAUGAUAUAAUUUCAUAUAGUAUUAAAAUCCAUAAAUGUAAAGAAUUAUAAGUGUAAAACAUGAUAAUUUAUUAAUUUUAAUGCUUCAUGUUAAUUUAACUUGAGCUGGUAAAAUUCAUUUAUUUCAAUCGGCGAAAAAAUAAAAAUUAUGACAAUUUUUAAUCCGAAAGGUUUUACAUAUUUAAAAUAAACAUUUUCUAUGUUACUUUUUUAUCUAGAGAUGCGUAGUUAUUUUACCUUUACUAUAUUAGUAGUGAUUAAUUAUCAGUUCAAAAUAAUAAUAAUUUAUAACUACAUGUACCUACCUAUGUAAAAUUGAUGUAGUUAACACAAAAAUAUAAUCAACGUACCUAUAUAAUGUAUCUAGUAAAAAGAACAUACAAUCUUAACUCUUCAAUUUAGGGAGGAGUGGAGUCCAAGUCACUGUUUUAUUGCAUUUAUCUGACAUAAAUCUUCGCAAAUGAGCUUCGUGUACAAAUAUAUACGAACAUAGUUUAUGACCAAACCAUAGUUCAUUACUAUACCAUAUCACAUCCAAUAAUACGAAGCGGAAAUGAAGACGUAUUUUAUAUAUUCUUCUGACAGUCUUCUGGAUUACUAUUAUAGGACUAUAGGAGGAUUACUAGGAUAGGACAAUAGGAGGACUAUAGGAGCUGAGAUAAAUAAUAUAAAAUAAAUUUGUUUAUUCACUUCUCACAAGGAUACGGGCUUAAUAUAUUAUAUAAUUUACGUGUAUACACUAUACACUUCUUCCUCAUAGUCGUAUUCCUCAUGGCUGAGGGUCGUGGUUAUUACGUGGAAUGAAACACACACAACAACUUUCUUGGCAUUAUUAAUGGAGUGGUUUGCCAUUGCCUUCUCCAUUUCACACACAAGUUAAUAAGAAUCAACCAGUGUGCAGGUUUCCUCACGAUGUUUUCCUUCACACUUGUGCAUAGAAAAUCCUAGUACUUGUGAGAGUCUGGAGUCUGAACUAGGUCAAAACUUGUACUACAGAUCUCCAGGCUCCCUCAUAAUACUUACUAAUGCAAUAUACGUUUUGUUAGUACGUGAAACAUUACAAAAGAAUAAUAAAGACAUGCAAUAAAAAGAAAAACAAGUAAGUUUUUCACAUGAUAAUAUGCAAAAAAACAUUAGGUGAAAUGAUUUUAUGUUAAAUGAAUAUAAGAAAUGAACUUACGCCUAGAUUUCUAAACGAUAAAAUUAAUGUUAUUGGGUCGAUGGCGUAUAACUCAUGUAUUUAUUGCAUUUAUUUUCCUACAAUAUUUAUAAAGUAAUUAUAUAAGAGUGUUGCAUUGCAUAUAAAAAUACAUAAAGUAGUACUACCUCUCACGAUUCAAUAGAUUGAAGUAAAGGUAUUUGACAAAAACGAAUUCAAUGUAAAUGUAAAUCUUCUUUUCGUCUCGUUUUCUUACUACGAUAUGAUAAUUAUAAAAACAAGAUAGAUUUAUUAUUCUUGUAUCUAUUUUAGUGACAAUUUAAAAUGAAUAGAUCUAUUAUAUUUAUUAUCUUAUUACCAAAUAUAAAUAAGAAUCAAACUAUAUAGUAUAAAACUCUGGAGAAAUAAUAAAAAAUUAUCAUAUUAUAUAUUUACUUACGAUAGAAAAGUUUUUAUUUCAUGGAUUCAGUUGGCCUAAACUUAUUUUUUAGACUACGGAAUAUUAACAAUCAAAUUCAUGAUAUCAGUAUAUUAAAAAUUAUCUAAAUACAGAAAACACAAUAAAAUUAGUUGUAGGUUGAAUGGAAAUGCCACUAGUUAUUGAAUGAACUGCAACAGAAACUCGUAGUUUAAUUAUAAAAAUAAUGCUUACAACGUAAAGUACUGAAUAUAUAUAUAUAUAUAUAUAUAUAUAUAUAUAUAGUUAUAUAGAUUUAUCUUUUUCAUUGCAGAAUGAAACCAAAAAAACUAGGAAUUAUACAAUAGAUGAGAAGUAAAAAAAUAUGUGAAACAUUUUAUGAAUCGUGAAUUUAAUUAAAUAUAUGAAUUAAUUUAGCGGAUUUAGAGUUUCAUGUAUAAUUUAUCAUCUAUUCUUACUGUGAUUAUGAAAAGGACAUAUAUGUAUUUACUGGUAUGAAAAACUCACAAAUAUUUCCUCACAGCCGUUGCAAAAUCCAUAUAAUGUCAACAGCGAAAUCCAGAAUGUAAUAAUUAAUUUGUACGUAUUCCUGUCUGUAUGGUAGUAAUUAGAAAAAAAUAUAUUAUUUAUUAGUAGAUAAAUGUUCAAUGUUCUAUGUAUGAAGCUUUCUGACAUGGAAACGAUUAUAGUAGGUACUGCUUUACAAAUUAGGUGCUAAUUUAAAUGUACGUAUGCAUAAUGGAUGUGCACUUAUUGGUUUCGUACUGUAUGCAAUGCGCAUGACUUUGACAAUAUCUGUUACUUGUAAUAUUUUCGUUUCCUUACUGCUGUAUUAGAUUUUAAUCUAAAAUCGUCUAUCUGUAUUUAUUGAAAUACUCAUAUUGUAUUUUUUUGUUAUUUAUUGUAUUGUAUGAGUGUAAUGUGAAAAGAAGAAAAAUAUCACCGCAAGUUUAUCUUAAGACAGGUGUAGACCUAUUGCGUCAUGUGUUUACUUUGUAGGUAUAGCCAAUCAGACCGAAAUUUUAAUUGAAAAGCAUCUUUGAAGAACCUUAGAGUUGUAGAAUUAUCAUUGAAAAAAUCACACCAAUAAAAGUAUUUCUCAAGAUAUAACAAAAAUAAUGAACAUUUUUCGGUCGACAUUUUGCCAUACAAAAACGCCCCUUACUAGUUGUACAUUAUUAGACGUCAUCAGUAGAAAAUUAACCCAUAAAUUUCGAUCUUCAAUAAUGGUUUAUAAUGGACCAAUCUUUAUGGGAAAGUUUUAUGAAUGAAAUUUGAAAUUUACAGUGUUGUAUUUACAGUGUUGUAUUUACAGUGUUGUAUUUACAGUGUUGUAUUUACAGUGUUGUAUUUACAGUGUUGUAUUUACAGUGUUGUAUUUACAGUGUUGUGUGUACAGGUAUUGUAUACAAUACCUGCGUAGUUACUGAAAAUGCAGGCUUCUUGUUUUAUCCACAACGAAGUUAUUGGGGUUCGAAAUUGGCUUGAAUUGCUUCGAGAAAAGAAUGGUACGGUCUUUUUUUGCUCGACUUGCGGGGACACUGCCGUGUACCGCGUAGCAUAAUACGCAUUACGCAUUGGUCUACACUAGCCUUAAUGUUGAACUAGUCAGUUUUCUUAAAAAAAGAAAAAUGAUCCAUGAAUGUGCCAUUAUACAGUAACUUCGAUUAAUUCUCGGUGUUCAAUACCAUAUUGUUUUUUAAUUCGCCGCAAGAAGUUAAAUCAAUAUUGGAGGUAUUUGUACCUAAUUUCAAAUUACUAAGUAUUGCAAUAAAUUUGAAUGGUGUGAGAUGUAUUAAGUCAAUAUUUUAUUGUAUUGAAAUGUGCAUAAUUUCAAUAACACAACAGCUGAAAGUUAAGAACAUCAUUACUUACCUUUCUUUUUUAAGCUGAUCGUUCACCGCUAACUGAACUGAGUUAGUUUACCUUAUCUCGCAUAGCUGAGAGCCAGUUUUACAUACAUAUAUGUCCACCGCAAACUAUACCAGCUAAGCUACGUCAAAUAUGCCCAGCUAUGUUACUUAGUUGUCUAAACCGAUUAAUCAAAGCAUCUCUAACGUAGUUUUAGCUUUUUUUUCGGGGGACAUAUUACUUAUUUCCGACGACCUCGGUGAUGCGUAAAGUGCUUGCCUCGGAACCGAGGGACGAGGGACCUCGUCUUGGAUGUUUAUCUAUAAAUAUCGUUGAUUUAGCAUCCCAUGACACAAGUUUCGAACUUACGACGCUAGCUCAAUCUGUUUGAUUUGUCCUAAUAUAUUUAUUUUAUUUUUUAUUUCCCAGUUUGGCUUAGUUGACUGAGUUUAGUUUUGAUUAGCUUAGCUGGCGGUGAACGUUCCGCUUUAAUCUGCAAUAAAAAUAGCAUUACCUAUAUCCACAUAACGUAAUUUUGAUUCUCUACACUAGAGGUUCAUUAGAAUUUUGACAUUAAGUAAGUUCGUAUGUACAGAUGCACUAAGUUUUAUUUUGAUGUAGUGAGAACAAAUAUUUUUAUCUGAAUAAUUUUAGACAAUAGUUGUAAUAAUGUUUUGCUUUGAAUAAUUAAUUAUUAUCUCUAUCCAAAAAACUACUCAAUAAAAUUUAAAUAUGUAA